UGCGCGUCCACGUGCACGAGGCAGGCAGGCGGGGAGGGCGUGUCCGCCCGCCUGAGGAGGAGAGGCGGCCGCCUGGCUCGGUGUGUGUCCGCGUCUGUGUUGUUUUCAGACGACGACGAGGCGGACGAGCUGCAGACGGAAGCGGAGACACGCACCGCUGCAAGAGAUGGAUGGCCAUGUCGCCGUUAGCAGGCUGUGAAGAGCAUCAAACACGGAAGAGGACGCUGAACACCUUUCGGGAUAAACUUGAUAUUUGUUGGAGUCACUGAGGGAUUGUUAAGAGACUUUAGCAGCCAUGGAGACUUUGUCCCAAGAUUCCACGCUGGAAUGCCAGAUCUGCUUCAAUUACUAUAGCCCGCGGCGGCGUCCCAAGCUGCUGGACUGCCGGCACACUUGCUGCUCCGUCUGCCUGUCGCAGAUGCGCAGCAGCCACAAGGAGAUCCGCUGCCCGUGGUGCCGCGGCGUCACCAAACUCCCGCCGGGGCUCUCCGUCUCCCACCUGCCCGACGACCCCGACGUGGUCACCGUCAUCGCCAUCCCUCAUGCCUCCGAGCACACGCCCGUGUUCAUCCGCCUGCCUAGCAACGGCUGCUACAUGCUGCCGCUGCCGGUCGCCAAGGAGAGGGCGCUUGGGCUGCCCGGAGAGCUGGGGUGUCGUUUCCUGCCGGGCGGGCAGCAGAAGGGCGUGGCCGUGGUGACCGUGCCCGAGGAGGAGCCUCUGGGCUUGGCUGUGGGUCUGGAGGGGUUGAGCCUGGAUGGCGACGAAGGAGAGAGGAGGGUUAGCGGGCCGGCGGCGGGUGGGGGGAAGGGGUCCACGUGGUCAGGCGUGUGCACGGUGAUCCUGGUGGCGUGCGUGCUGCUCUUCCUGCUGGGCAUCGUGCUACACAACAUGUCCUGCAUCUCCAAGCGCUUCACUGUCAUCUCCUGCGGAUGAAGCGGGGAGACGGGCAAGGGGGAGGACGACUCGCAUCACAAACAUCUAGAGACGCCAAAGAGGAUGCCGACGAGAUCCACAAGUGAUCUCUUUUCGGAUGAAUUGCCAUUCCGUCAGUUAUUCCCUUUUUCGAUGAUUUGGUUUGUGAUGAGUAGAAGUACAUCAGUUGUUGUCGUUUAGCCAAGUUGCGGCUCCAUGUGAAGCGUGUCCAGCCAGAGAGUUGGGACUCAGUUUGGACUGAGACGACUUGGAAUGACUUCUGGGACUUGUCCGCCAGAGCUGCUGCCGCCGUCUGGGUCCAUGUUGUCAAUAAAGUUAGAACACUAAACAUGGCUUGUAGUGCUUCUUCAUUUAUGAUGUUGUCGUUUUCUUUUAUUUAUAAUUUUUCUAGGUAACUACAUCAAACUAGAAAUGGAAUUAUCUCAACCCGCUGAUAGAUUGUUUAUUCUCAAAGCUGUAGAAGUCAGAAGAUAAUUAGCGUAGCCUAGCAUAAACCAACCACAAGAAAACAGCCACCAUCAUUUCAAAUUUUUGUUUAUUCAGUUCAGAAUUUUAUAAGGUUUGGGCUAUCUUCGACACAGUCUUGCCGCCAGUCCUUUACGCUAAGCUAAUUAGCUUCCACAGGCUGCCGUUAUUGCGCGGCUAUAUGGGCUCAAUGUCCUAAUCCUUCUCUUGGCAGGAACAAUAAAUACAGUAAGCCCCCGCAGGCUGGAGACACACACAUGGCCGAUAAGUAAGACGCCAAGUGGAUUUUGUGUGUUCCUGCUCUGUUUUUCACACCGUUUAGUCUCCAUUUGAAUCAACCCAUGUUCUUGCUUUUCUUAUAUGAAGACAGGAAGCUAUUGUUGCUUUUCUGUUUCGCACAUUUCGUUAGAGUGUGUAUUGCGUGUGUACGGGUCAGUAAGCGGUUAGGAGUGGGCGGGCCGCUGCAGGCUUUCAGUUAAUGACGUGCGCAUCGAUUUAUUCGCUUAUGAACAUCUUGUGGUGUUCACAGAGAUGGAUGAUUCUCCUACUUUUGUAUACAUAGACACGAUCUGUUAGUUAUUGUGUGUGUGUGUGCACACAGUAAUUAAUUAUGAUCAUUGUUAUUGGUGUAGAAACACACUUAUUGAAUGUGAACGUAUAUUCAUUUAGGCAAUAAUGUGGUUUCCUUUAUGUACUAAUACUAUAAAAUCAGUUAAAGUUACUCUCAAAGUUGAGCAGAGACAAUGGGGCUGUUGGGGGGGGAAAAAACUUCCCAGGCCAAUGAAGAUAAUGAAUGAGGAGUCAAGGAAGCAAAAUUCUACCCAAAUUAUAACCGCAGCUACUUACUUGUAUGGUUUUGUUGCUUCCUGGCAUGCUGAUGUGCCAAAUCCCUUGGAGAAGUUUGCAGUUUCGUCACUCUGGAUUAAAGUUGAAAGGAAAUGUACAGAACUUUUUAUAAUGAAGGCAUUGAAAGUAAUGCUGUUGUCAUUCUUUUCCAAUUACUUGUGUAACACUGGCUUUUUGACCACUGCCAAAGCAAGCCUCUGCAGCAAACUGAAAGGUAAAACCCACUUCGCCUGUCACUCCCACACAGCAUUAUCUUCCUUCUGGAAAACAAUCUCCAGGCUCUCACCGAUGGUGAGUGAAUAUUCCUUUUGUGUGUUUUGUACAGCGUUUUAAUUGGAUAUUUUGCUUUUGUUUUUAUAAAACCGUACAUGACAAUAGCAUUAGGUUACUAUGAGGUUGCCACCUCUCGAAACGAGACAGUCCUGGCCUCAAAAAGGUUAGGGACCACUGCUCAACACUGUCACUGCAUGAGGAAAGUAUGUUUUACACUGAAUGUCAUGUCAAGUCAGUCAAGUGUUGUACAAGUUCUUAAGUCCGUUUUUGACAGACAACAAACAAACAUGAUACUGUCUUGUCUGCGACUCUUGUUUUUUAUGGUUUACUUUUACAAUUGAGCGCUUCGCCAAUUCAGUAAUGACACUCAAAGGCCGCCAUAGUCAGGAGUUACGUAAGCUAGCAAGCGAAACAGCUAAAGACAUAGUGAUAUAUUUCAGACAACAAAUAAACACGGUUACAUUUCUUUCAUGUCGGCGCUAUGGAUUUAUGUGAUUAAAAUUUAAACUCGAUUUAUCGAGUUACAUAAGGAGAGACUGUACUUUAUGUCAACCAAACUGUCAACCGAGGAGCAAGAAGGUAGGUGUGUGACGUCACAUGCGCGUCUAGGACUUGUAGUGCAGCGUAUGUCGCUAACAUUUGCCAGUUUAGACAUUCACAAAUGAAAAUAAAAUUAAUAAAAACAUCACACUUUCUCGGGGUUAAAAGACGAUAUUAUAUUAUAUUUUUAUACAGUAUAUUUUGUAUUAUAACCGCCAAACCUAGACAAACGUAUUCUCCUACUGGUGUGUAGAAGCGGCAACGCAAUAUAAAAUCGAUGUGUGCACAUUCAAGCUAAUGGGAGUCAUGUUAACAUAUAUCUUUCUGUAUUAACGUGUGUGCUCUGGAUUGCUUUUUUUUCCAUGCGUUAAAGCUGAUGCUGCUUCUUUCCCUUCCAGCUAAAAAAAAAAAAAAGUUAUGAUUCCUAUUUGUAGCAGCCAGCAUUGUGCAGCCAAGUGACUAAAAGCAAUAUCCAUAUUUCAUACGACUUUUCAGCACGCUGUCAGUCGCCUUAAAAACACUCAUAUUAGGAAAAAAAAAAGGGCAAAAGUCACCAAAACAGUCUCUGCCUGAGACCAAAAUAUUGGGUCACCUCCAGUAAGUACAAAGUGAAGAAAUUGUUGUUUUAUAGCAAAAGUAAAAGAUUUUGGGAGUGGCUCCGUUUCCUCUGUGGAAAAACAAACAAGCUGAAUAAGGAAGUCUCUCUCGGCCUUGGUGGUAUUAAUUUUGCUUCCUUCCUUCCUGACUGACCUAUAAGAAGCCCAUUCCUCCUGGGAUGCCGACCUUCAGGUGCAAUGACUUCCAUCGCUGUGGUUCUCCAUGUACAUCCUGCCUUUCCUACAGUUUUUCCAUGCUUGUUUAUGGAAGGGAUGCUCCUUGAGAUAUUCUGGAAUGUAGAAUUUGGGUGUUUUUCCAUGUUUGCUACGGAAGUGGGGAAUGAACUGUGCGUGGCCCAAGGCUGCCGUCUUACCUGCUCCAUCGAUCUGUUUACGCCUCUCGGCCUUAAUGAAUGCACCAGGGAGGCCUGAGAGGCGGCAAGACGGAUUAAACGAGGUCACCGUGUGCGCACAACAAAUAUGUCAAGUGCAGAGAACGUUUUUUUUCCCCCCUCCUCACACUAGAUGCACCUUCUAAGCUUUGACCAAGACUUUGUAGACUGAUAGCGUCUCCAAAAACUACGCUUCUCUUUUUAAAAUGACAAAAACAUGACAAACUGCACCCAAAUAUUAAAUCAACACACUCCAGCCACUAGGGGGCGGCAAAGUUGCCAAGUAGGGGCAGCACAACAGUGGUGAAUGAAAUGAAAGUGAAUGAAAAGUGUUUAUGAGUGGAACUGAGUGCCUCGUUUAUUCCAACCCGUAUGAUAAAUGGGUGGUAGAAAAAUAAAUCAGCUGAUAAUUUAAGUAUAUAACGCUGUACGAACAUUUUUGCGUGGCCAAAGGUGUCACUACACAAGCUAUAAUAAAACUAUAUUCAUUUUAUUAUUAAAUUCUCCAAGGAUAGAAAAACUACAUGAUUGCAAAAUGUCUUGUUUGCCUUCCUGCAUUGAUUGACAGAAGCAAUUAAGCCAGACUUUCACUUCUAAUUGAUUCACUGUUGCUAACACUAAUGUAAAAUGUCCUUCUGGGAAGGCGUGUAGCAUGUUUUUCAUUUGUGUUAUUUUUGCUCCAAAAAGACAUCAGGCUAUCAACAAGUUAAUUAAAUACAUUGAAGCAAACUAACUACAAAGUUCGAGUUUUUUUUAAAGCUUUUUAUUACCAAGAAUACAAAAGAGUAUCUACAUUCACACACUGUGUAGCGUAGCAUAAGCGACCACAUGAAAUUCAAGUAAAAAUAUCAAAAUCCUCACAAAGUUCUUUUUUUAAAGUCUUUUUUUUGUUUUGUUUUUCUUCUUUUCUUAAACCCAAAAUGUCCUUUUUACAUUUGGCACUUAAUGCAGACGUCCUCUGCGCUCUAAGUCGCAUUCGUGUCGCUGGCUAGCAGGACACGUCGGGCCUAGUGGUCGCCGUCGUCGGACUCCAGCUGGCACGAUGGUGUCCGAAAUAAAAGGCGCUCGACAUAAAAUCAGUAAGACGGCUUCUGCUUGGGGAGCAACUGUUUUUUUUUUUUGCCGUGAAAUAAGUUAGCUCAAACAUAAAUAAAGAGCAAUAAAUUAAGAUGACACGGUGGCUCGCUGGGUGUCGAUCCUGCCUGGAAACCGUAAAUCCAGACCCACAUAGGCGAGCAGUCAACGUUUGCCUGUUGUCACUGAUGUCUGAUCAUUCGGGAUGUUUCUUAAAGGAGUUCAAAAGGCAUGGGGGUUUGUCGUGCUACCACAUGGGAGCAUUGUUUGUUUCCAGCACGCCGUACAUCUCGGCCAGUUUCUUGAAGCGAGGCCCCCAGUCGUUGAGGUAGUCGUACUCGUGGUCGCCGCCCGAUGCCCCCGAUUGCAGCGAGCUGAGCGACUCGGCCACCGAGCCCUCACCCUCGUAGGCGUAUGUCUGCAGGGAGUCAUACGGCGGCGCGCACGGGUCCAGGUCGGCUUCCAGGAGCUUAGACAGGACGUAUCCUUGGACGUUGCUGCUCUCACCGCCGCAGCCGCCUCCACCACCGGCGUCGCCCAUCACGCACGGGAUGUAGCGAGACAGACUCUCGAUCUCAGGCAGCAUGUCUUGCCUCGUCUUGCCCAGGUGAGGGUGCACUUCACGCGGGUUCCACAUGGCGGCGAUGUCGAAGGCCUCUGUGUCCUCCUCGCCGCCACCUUCGUCGUCGUAGCGCACAAUGUUCUCGUGGACGUUCUCCUCCUCGUCGCGCAGGUAGGGCUUCUUGCGGUGAGUGCGCAGCGAGAGCAUGAGCAGGACCAUCACUGCUAAACACAAUGAAAAACAUUACAACAUGUAGGAAGACAUCAAAGGACACCACAUGAUCAAGCCUGAAGGAAAAAACGCCCUUUUAAGGAAUACUGUAUUUCCACUGCACUCACCCAGAAGCACAAAGAUGCAUGCCAGGAUGGCGAUGAGCGCCGCCCUGCUCAGGCUGGAGGGAAGACUGUAGGCCUCGGCGUUGCACGACAUCACAUUGCCGUCGUGGUCGCAGCCGCACACACGCACCGUCAGCGUGCUGGUGCUGGUCUGGACCGGCUGCUCCCCGUCGGUCACCACGAUGGGGAGGUAGAAGAUGGUCUGCUCGCGAUGAGACCAGCCACCGCGCCGCGUCAGGAUCCACGCCGUGUUGUCUGGAAAGCAGGAAGCUGACUUGAGUGUCUUUCGGCUAACUGGUGAGUCACGAGCCAAAAGUGGGUCGCAGUUAUCAAAAUAACGGUUGCACACUAACAGACAUGCCAAACUAUACUGCCAUCUACCACUCACAAGGCAUGCUAGGUAACCUUGCCUAACCAGUGAAGGACCACUGACGUAGAGGAUCUUUGACUGGUGUAAACACAUUGCUUCUGUUUUAAUUUAUUUAGGCGUGUGAGAGAUGGUGUUUACCUUGGUUGUCUCGCAGGGUAAAGUUUGGGUUGUUGGCGGCGUCUGGAGCCAAGGCGUAGGAGAAGUGGUGUCCACUGGGGGGUUCGUCCGGGUCGACCGCCGUCACCGCCUGGAUGAGCUGCGGAACAACGAGUGUUAGCGACAUGCAUUUGUAAAAAAAAAAAAAAAAAAAAAAAAAAAAAGAACUGAGAAAAAGUCGAGAAUACCUGUCCUGCUUUGGCGUUGUCACACACGUAGGCUUCCAGGUAGUCUGUCAGGGAUGGAGGGUUGUCGUUCACGUCCUGGACACGGAUCGCCACGGUGACGCUGGAAAUCUGCGACGGGUUAUCUGCAGAGGAGGGAGAUACACGUUAGCAGCCAUUCUAUUGCAGUGCAUUACUCUCCAUGAGAAAUACAUUAGCAUGUGCUAACAAACCAGUGGAAAGACAAUUAGCGCACACUAACGACUUUCUCAGCUUUCAUCACAUGACUCAUCAAUCAAGGAGCGGUCAGUGACCACAAAUUAGUCUUUUUAAUAUGUUUUUUUAUUAUCUGGUCCUUUCUCGAUGAAGGUCAAAAACACUUUAAGGCUUUUGGAAUUAAUAAGUUAUUGUCCUUAAUUUGUUAUUUGUCAUUUUUCAAGUUAAAAGGGUUUUCAGUAUUUUAUAUUUCCAUAUCUUUCCAGGAUGUUUCCUUGAUGUUUAUGACAGAAACCGUGAUCCAAAGUGGAAAAAAAAAGUCAAACAUGAAAGCCAAUGUUGUGUACUUUGCUCAAAACAAACUUUACUUUUAUCAUUAAUUAGCUGCCAUGCCGGGGAGGUUAUUUAAUUAGGCAUGAAUCUAAUUAGCAGUCUGCUUUUAGAUGAAGAGGAGGAUGAAGGUGACUUUGAGCGCCCCCUGCUGUCCGCGGAGACCGCUACAGGACUCGGCCAUGUUUCCGUUGCUCUCAGAGACAUGUUUUAAAACACACGUACUCAUCUCCAUGGCUAGCACCGUGAUGUUGUGCCAGCCCAGCUGCUCGCGGUCCAACAGGCGCACCGUCAUCAGCGAGCCGGACGUGAUGUCGAUGUAGAAGAAGCGGUCCGGGUCGGUGGACCUCUCGAUGGAGUACCUGGUGAUACACACAAACAUGGCGCGUCAGCCAUUUCCUGUUGCUGGGGAGCGUGUAAUCCCAUGAGAGGAUGCGUGUGUGCAGGUGUGUGAUAAGACAAGAGGAAAAGGAUUCACCACAAACCUGCAGGCAGCCAUCUCAGCUCCUUUUGCAAAAUAUUCCUCUGUACCUUAGCUUUAGAGUGUGCGUGUUUGGGCCUUCUUGGAUGAAGCAUGCAGCAAGGAGGGACAUCUGGCACGCUAAACAGUGUGCUCAUCGAUUUCUCCACAUGAUUAACUACCUAAUUAAAGCCUUUACGUCUAAUUAGCCGAGGAGGGCUACAAGCUGGAGGCAGCAUCACAUCACAUGUGAUGGAAAACAAAGGCGGUCAAAAGUGGUCUGCUUGAACAUGGUGGCAAACCUUAGGGUCACCUUCUCAUCAUAGAGAGGUUAUGGAGAGCUAUCGCCCCCUGCUGGCUAACACCUAGCAUUGCGCCUCUAGCUCAUGACGUCAUUCUUUGCUUUCAAACGUAUACACGGUGAAGCCAGAACCUUAGGAGAGCGCUCUUUUUGGUUAGUUAACAAAUUUAGCUACAAGAUAGGAUCAAAAUAAUAGACGCAGCCAAUGAUAUAAAGUAAACUACAACCAAAAUGGUAAACCAAUUGCAGACAAAUCAGCAUUAUUAUAUUUGCAAAGAUUUUAAAUGCGCCAGUAAACACCUCUGUUUAAUUGAACCCUGACUCUCCAGUAGACACUGGGUAUACAAAAGCAAAUAACCACCGGGGUCUCAAUUAAUGUUAAAAAAUUGGCAAUUGGAAUUGCCAUUAACAUCUGUGGCUGUAGGCAACCUCUUAUUGUAGUUUUUAAAUUCACUCCGCAGGAUGGCAGUAGCUGCAUUUGAAGUAUCGUGAGCAUCCAGUAGCUUUAUCUACCUCUUCAUACGCUAUAAAAUUUCACUAGUCAGCUAUUGGUGUGAAAUUCAUGCCUGUUACACUUGCCAUACUGUUGUUUGCUGGACUGCCUGUGCGACAGUUUACUUUCCACUUUCUCAUGCACUCCAAAUUAUCAUUAAAGUUAAAAAAGAAGUUUAGAGUUUAAAAAAAGCUCACCUCACAGUGAUGUUAGCGGCGUCGGGGUCCCUCGCUGACACCGUCCUCACAAUGGUCCCGAUCUGGGCGUCCUCCGGCAGCUCCGCCCGGUACGCGGCCACGUCAAAGACGGGGGGCUCGUCCACGUCCUCCACGCUCACGUGCACGAUGGUGACGUCUUUGAAGGGCCCGCGCUGGCGGUAGACAGAGUCCUGGUGCGUGUUGGCGCCCUCUACCUUCAGGGUGUAGCUGGCCUUGCCCUCAAAGUUGAGCGGCUGCCGGGAGAAGAGAGAAGAUGCUGAUGAUGACCUCUAGAGGCACUUUGGUUUCAUUAUUUUCACUUUAAAGCAAAGUCAUCAAUAGUUCAUGUCCAAUAUCAAUACCUUCUUCACCCUGAUGAUGCCAAAUCUGUUGCUGGGGUCGGUGAUGAUAUCGAAAGUGUCCCUCCCGUCCCCGUCAAUGACAUGAUAUGUCAUCUCGGCGUUGACCCCUGUAUCCCGGUCUUUGGCCCAGAUGCGGCCCACCUCUGCAUCCACCGAUGCUGACUCUGGCACACUCAUCUGGUACAACCCUGAGAAGACAAACACCCGUCAUUCCUACAAUGUCCACUAGAGGGAGCCAAACCUCCAAUGUUAAAAUCAAUUUCCAGCUCCACAACUGGGUUGCGUCCUCUCCUGUGGGUCAACUUGAAUUUCAUCUCCUGUUAAACCUCAAAGAGGAGGCGACAGCUUCCCAAUCUGCGGCGUUCCCUGUGUCCAGAAUAGGAACGCCGGCGCCUGACGGUAGGGAAUCCCCCAAGCCAUCACAGCUUCAUACGAGUGAUGGCGCUAAUUGGGCCGCGGACUAACGAACGAAGGGAGUGGGUAGUGGUGGUGGCUGCGGGUGACGGGAGCGAGGCCACCAGUCGGCCCAGGGGCUGACAUGCUCCGUGACCUCUGAUCUUUCAGAAGGACCGUGGAGGGAUUGAGAGAAACUGGGCUAAUCAAAGAGACAGGAUGGCCGGGCUAAGCAGCAAAGCUUGAGCCAAGCAUACUAAGAUACUAAUAAGACAGUGUGAUGCUUAAAUGUCCAUACACAUAAAUGUCCAAUGUCUUACUUACUUUGGUUGAAGACAGGUGAGUUGUUGACAAAACAUACUGGAGACCGUCAACUCUAAAAGUAUCACGAGUGGUCAGCAUCUGGCAGCUUUGACCUCUGUAUGCGCUGUAAACUGCUACUCAGCUUGUUGUUCUGAAACUCCAUUUGCCGUAUUGUUGUUUACCACAAACUCAUCAGCGUUAUUAAUGCUGUGUUGCAAAUGUGUUUCCAAAAAUAUAUUAAUUGAGAAAUCAUGCUGUUUCAUGGUUCAAUACAGCCUAUUAUUAGUAAAAAAAAAAUGCAUAUUUAAGCAAACUCUACAUAUAUUUUGCCUAAAUUAAGCAUGUUCAAACAUAAAAAUGGCGAAUUGAAGUAAAAUACAAAUAUAAGGCAUUCCAAGACGUGACGAUAUGAAGUAUUCUACACUGGUCACUAGGUGUCAGUAAUAUAACUGUAAUGUUUGGUGAGACACGCAAGCACCAGACUUGAUCGCCGGAACAACAGGCUUUUAUUGCAGGCUUGAGUAACACAGGCUACUGUUGUGUCCGCAACCCACAACAUCACUACAUCACCUGUCGGACCCCCACUCAGCACCGGAACACAUUUACAGCAACACACACUAGCAUGAGUCUUAUUCAUGUUUUAAAUGUCUUAUUUUCUCAUAUUAUGUGUACUGUAUUGGGUAAUAGGAAUGUAAAGGUGACCAUAGGGAUGUUAUUUCAUUUCUAGAGGACUCUAAUAUUGGUUAAAAAAAAAAAAAAAAAAAAAAAACGUAUUUAGAAGGUUGUAAACAGGUUUUCUAUGGUUUAACUAUGAAAUUAUUUGAUAAAAAAAAAAUAGAAUCCACCCAUCACUGUCGGGUUGGGAACCAAUUAACUGCAAUAACUGAGGGAUUACUGUGAUGAGUUUUUGAAUUGGGGAAAUAACUGUCCAAUUGCGAUGUCUUACUUUGGUCAAAGACGGGCGGGUUGUCGUUGACGUCGCUGAGUGAGAUGCUGACAGUGGUGGUGCCGGCCAGGCCGCCCAGCUGGCCGCCCAUGUCCUUGGCCUGGAUAACCACGGUGUAGUUCUCCCUCAUCUCCCUAUCCAUGUCGGCCAAAGAGACCCGGACCACGCCUGAGAAGACGCAUGGACCCAGGAAUAUAUUUUAGUCGGAACUUCAAAAUCAAGAAAGACGGGUUAGCUGGCGAUGGAAGCAUAUGUGCCUACCAGUCUUGGCAUCCACUGAGAAGUAAGGCUGACCCUCCAGGAUGCUGUACACCACCCGGGCGCUGUUGCCAUACGUUGGGUCAUCAGCAUCAGUGGCAGACAGUUGGAUCACCGACGUUCCUGGGAAAGUACAAUGGAAGUAAAAAUGAUCAGUUCUCAUCAGCUAUUAUGAAUAUAUAUCAAUGGUGUCCUCCAUGUUUACCUAUUUUGGACAUUUCAGGCACCGACGCCUGGUAGGGUCCGUCCAAAAACUUGGGCUCGUUGUCGUUGAUGUCCUGGAUCUUAACGAUGAACUCCGACUCGGGCUCCAGGGGUCGGUCCGUAAGGCGGUUGCGAGCCUGCGCUCGCAGUACGUACUGGGCCUUCACUUCCCGGUCCAGCCUCUGGAUGGCGUGGAUGUCGCCCGUGCUGUCGUCAAUGGUGAAGGUGGAGCCGGCACCGUCGCCCGUCAGGAUGUACUUAAUGGAGCCGUCGCCUUUGUCCAUGUCGGAGUGGAGCUGCACGCACACAUAGGAUUUUUAUAUUUUAAUGUCAUUUGUCCUUAAAACGCAAAGGAGAUAGCACUGUUGCCAUGGAUACAGGUCAGACAUAUACAUACCUGGCAAAAUAUGCAUUUGAAAAUAAAGACAUUUUUCAAAAAGAAGGGAAAAUUAAGAAAAAUAAGGAAUAUUCUGGUCUUCCAUGAGGGAGGAAUACAAAAUAAGUACUGUAAAUACAUACUUUCUAAAUAAUAAAAGCUAAAUAAAAAAAUAUAUGAAUAACAUCAAAGCAAUGAGGAGCAUGCCUAUCUCUAGUGUAUAUUAAAAUAAUAAUAAAUAAUAUGUCACUGGUCCAAUUCUACUAAUGAAAAAACCAGGCCAGAAUAAGCGACGUAAUCAAUGCUAAUUUUGACAUUUCCAAGAUUUAAAAAAAGCAGCGUCAAAGCACAUGUUGACCCACCCUGAUUAGACCUGGUGGUGAAAUUUUGUGCACCAUAAUGGCAACACCUAAUCAUAGCCUGGUUUUGUUGCCGGGGGCAACAGUGCAGCGCUGCAAUCAGAAGCCUUUUGUGGCCUCUGAGUGCAAAUGGCAGCUCGUUGAUGGGAAUUUGCUCGGCGCUUUAUCGAGGGUCCCAUCGUCGUCAAACAUCACAACUAAAUGCACUCCUUGAUGGCCAUCUUGUGUAUAAUCAACAGAACCAACAUGCCUCCCUUCCAUCAAGGGGUUGGGCGUGGUCUUGUGGGGCUGACUGAGUUCAGGCUGCUUCACUUGAUUCACAGUUCAUAUUCUUGGGCUAAGACAUCCAUCUUUACUGUCUCACACAACAACUUGACGCAGGAUAGAUUUCUUCAUCAGAAGCACAUUGAAACCCUAACUUCUGACCUCUACGCAGCUUAUAAACAUUUAAGACCGAGAGGAGGCGGGGCAGAGAAUUGGCUUUUUCACUCGUCAUGAAUCAAUCUCAUGUCAUGUUCUUUGUGUAAGGUGUCAUGUUCACACACUCAACACCUGAACAAUCCAAUAUUUUGUUAGUAGCUACACGGCAGGGUCAAAACAUUAGGCACAGGUAAUGCAAACCACAACAAUAAACACACACAUCCAACCAAAAGUGAGCAUUAUUAUCUUUGUAAAGAUGUUCGAUACACCUUUAAUGUUCAAGUUAAUGCCGCUAUUCAAUUAACGGGUUACAUCCGGAUGCGUGGUCUACAAAAGCAAAUUACCACCGGGGUUUCUAAUUGAACCCACUGAGUCAAAAAACAUUGGUAUCAACUGCUGUGGCUGUAGGCAACCUCCUGAUGUCGUGUCUGUAGCUACAUUUGUAGUAUCAUGAAUGGUCACCAUCCAGCAGCUGUAGCUCUGCAUGCGCUUUAUCAUGUUGCUACUCUUGUUUGUUAAACUUACAGUUCUGUUGUUAACUCACCAACACUAUUAAUUUUGGAUGAGAAGUUUGAUUUGGCUCUAUUACAACAUUGGUUCUGCCACUACUGCGGCCCAAGAAUCUGCUAUUUCACCCGACAUGGGUCAA